UAAUUGAUUCCCUCAUGCAAUAGGUUAGAGAUUUGGAACAAGAACUUGAAGAACUACAUGAUAAUUUCCGCGAAGAUCAAGCUUCUGAAUUCCGAGGUCUCAAAAAAGAGCUGGAGACGGCUACCAAGAACUGUAGAGUACUGCAGUUCAAGCUAAGAAAAUCAGAGAAAAAAUGCGAGCUUCUGGAAUUAGAUCGCCAUAGUUUGGAAGACAAAGUUAGAGAAUACCAAGCUGCAGUUCGUCAAGACGUGGAUAGAAGCAAGUUCAAGGAGUUGGAAAAAGAGCUUUCUUUGGCUCGUAACUUGACAUCCAGCCUCAGCAAGGAUGUUAAAGAACUGAAAGAAGCUCUUGUGAGGGCGGAAGCUGAGAACGAUGCUCUGCGUCAGACUUCUGGAGGUGGUACAAGAAGCGUCACGCCAACGUCACAGAGUCGUUUGUCACCAGUCGUGAAAGAUAACAUCCUAGGCAAAGACUAUGAAACACUUAGCCAUGAAUUAUCAGAUACAAUGGAACGUGAGAACGAUCUAAGAGAACAACUGAAAUUCAGCGAGGAAGAGGCCAAACAAGCCAGAAGAAAAAUUGGAGCUCUGGAGCAAGAAAAUGAGACCCUGGUGUUGCAGAUCAAGAAGCUUACAAAUAUUAUGCGCAAUAAGAAGGGGGGCAAAGAUGUAGAUGCUGAAGAGGAAGAAUCGUCGGCAGAAAACUUAAAGAUUCAACUCGAGCUUCUGGAACAAGAGAUGGGAGUUAUUCGGAGAAAACUGGAUGAAACUGAAAAAGAGAAUGAAAACCUACAAUCUGAAGUGAAGUAUUUACAAGAGAAAGUCAUUAAUCAGCCACUCAUUGAAUUACCUGAACUUCCCAAGGACGCUAGUAGCCCUGGAGUUUACUGGGAGAAUAAGGUUCGGCUACAAGAAUAUGAGAUUCGCGAGGUGAGAAAGAAAAUGAUUGAAAAAGACAGAGAAAUCGAAAGACUAAAUACUGAAGUCGAGAUUUACAGAAAGAAAGCUUCCAAAGUGAUGGUCCGUAGUAGAUCUUUGGACAACGAUUUGCAAGUAGACUUAAAGAGACAGCUACAGCUCGUAGAACAAGAAGCUAGCAUUUUGAGACAAAAGUUAAACAGCCUGGAAACUGAAAAUGAAAAACUAGUGACAGAAAACAAGCGUAUGACUCUGAGAUUGACAAAGAAGCCACCACCAACGUCUGCGGAUAUAUUGCAAAUGGACAAUAUGGAGUUGAAGCAAAAGUUAGAAGAUCAGCAAAGAAAGCUGGAAGCGAUGAAAGAAGAACUACAGAAAACAACAGCAGAGAAUCCAGUCGCCAUUAUUCAAGAUUACAAGCCCAGAAAAGAGAGUUUGACAUCUCUUUUGUCAGAGAACGAAAAUGAUCUAAUCGCCUCACUAAAAAGGCGCCUCAAGGCGAAGGAUGAGGAUUACCAAUCGCUUCAAUCAAGAGCCAUGCAACUGGAGAUUGAAAAUAGUCGCCUUAACCGCGAAUACAAGAAAUUGAAGGAAAGUAUCGGCUCUAAGAAGAAACCGAUGAAAGCCAUCAGGGAUUCGGCCACCAGGGUCGAGCUCCGAGAACUUGUGAGCGAGCUUCAAGAUGAAAUUAGUGAAUUGCAUGUCACUCUGAGAAGCCGAGAAGUAGUCCAAGAAAGUCUUGAAGAAGAACUGGACAAAGUACGCAAGGAAUUGAAGGACUCCCUGAGAGAGGCGAAGCAAAAGGAAGAAAGACUGCAAUUGACAGCUGACAAAACCAAGCUUGAGAAUGAUGCUUUGAAAAAAGAGUUAGACUCCCAAAAGUCUCGUGCCUCAACAGCGGAAGGACAAUUGACUCAGAUAUCAAAACAGAGUGAUACCAGUUUGGAUCAAAUUAAAAAAAUAAACCUGCUAAAAUCAGAAAGGGAAGAUGCGGAUAAGAGGGCAAAGGCAGCAGAAGAAGCUCUGGAGAAGAAGACCCAAAGGUUGAGAGACACCCAAGAGAAGCUGAAUGCUGUUUCGGCAUUGAAAGAAGACAUGGCUAGAUCCAACAGACUUCUAGAAUCUAUGAAAGCCGAACUUGAGAAAGAGGUUGACGAGCAGCGACGUCUGCUAGUAAAAGCAGAAGCUAAAGCUGCCGAGCUAAAAAGCCAAGUAGAUAUGACAGACAGAGAUCUAUUGUCUUUGAAAAAGGAAUGCUACCAACUUAGAAAUGAGCUCGAAGAAGAGAGAAGCAGACUGAAGCAAAGUUCAGAUAAACAACAAUCGGAAGUAAAUAACAGCUUCAUCAGAGAACGUGAGGAAUAUAAGAGAAAUAUCAAUGAUUUAAAAAAUCGCAUCGAGCAGCUUCAACAACAAAUAAUAGACAAUGAAAAGUUAUUCAUCGAAAAGGAAUCCCGCCUUCGUGAAGAGUUCAAGCGAAAAAAAGAGAGCGCAGUCAAGGAUACCAGAGAGAAAGGAGAUGCAGCCUUAGAGCUGGCAAGAGAAGAAGAAAAGAUUUUGAGAAACAAGGCUCAAGAGCUCUCUGAUAAAUUGGAAAAGGCAGAAAAAUCCUUGAGGGAAGCCAAUGAAAAAUCCCGAAAAGCUGCAUCGGAAGUUCGCCGCGAAAAAGAUGAAUGGCGUAAAGAACGGGAUAACUUGGAAUCAGAAAUCAGAGCGGAGGUGAAAAAACGGGAGAAAUCGGAGCGGGAAUCGGAACAGAUGCUGAAGCAAAAAGAAGAGGAGGUUUUAUUGAGCAAAGAGCGCGUGGUUGCUAUUGAGAGAGAACAAAGAAGAAUGCAGAUGCAACUUGAGGAAGUUGAGAGCCUGCAACAGAAACUGAAACUGAUGGAACAGGAGGGAGAUAAAAUGAGGGAGGAAUAUGAUCAUCUGACUUCAAGAUACGAUCAGUUAGAAGAUGAAUUUGUGAAAACAAAAUCCAAAUUAAUACAAGAAAAAGAACAGGCUGAAGCCAGUUUGAUUCGAAUCAGGAAGGAGCAUAAUGAAUUAAGCUUCGAAAUGACAUCACUCAAAGAGUCCUACAAUUCCAGACAAGACGCAUGGAUAAAAGAAAAAUUGGAAUUACAAGAACGAGUGAAAGAACUAAGCAGACGUUUAGAUAAAUUUAAAUCUACAGAGCAAGAUAAGAGAAGGCUGCAAGACUUGGUGGAAGAGAAGGAAACGCUCAUUGAAUCUUACAAAAAGGAAGAAAAGUAUUUGAAAGAAGAAAGAAAUCGACUGCAAAAAAGGACAGAAGACCUGGCUAAGGCUAUGGAGGCAAAAAUAGAUAGGCCGGUGGUCUUGCCUCCACUUGACACUGGCGAUUCCAAACUGAACAAGCAGUUAGAUACAUUGAGGCGAGAAUACGAAGGCAGGAUGUCCAUGAUGUCAUCAGAAAUCACUAGUAUGCAGAACCAGAUAGCUAGCUUGGUGGAAGAGAGAGACAGACUCAAGUCUCAGUUAUCGAUGUCUGAGAGAAAUGCAGAAGAGAUGAGAACAGGAUCUUUGAAGAGGGAAAGAGCGAGACAUCGUGAAGAAGCUGACGCUGCCAGACGUAAAGUUAACGAGUUAAGAUAUCAACUAGAAGACGUACGCGAGCAACUAGAUGAUGCUCUGCUCGAAAACAAGAACUUGAAACUACAAAUUGAAACUGACAAAAACAGUUAUGAUAUCCAAAUAUCGGAGUUUAAAUCUAAAAUUAACCAGUUGGAGGAGCAGAAGAUUAUGGAGUCAACGAGGGGCCAAACACGCAACAUUGCCAAGACGAGACUGGAGCUGACUUGGGAGAAAGAGAGGAACGAGUUGCAGCACUUACUCGGUGAGACGCAAAAGAUGGUCUCUGAUCUCAAAUCUCGAGUAGAACAGACAGAAACAGAGAGGGAGAAAGAAAAACAAGCUGUAAGAAAACAAAUGCUUGACAUGAGAUCCUCGACCGAGAAAGACCACCAAGACAGCAGGAGAAAAAUGAGUGAGUUGCAUAGCAGUUUACUUGAAAUACGCGAAUCCCACGCCAAACUUCGAGGUAUGUAUGAUAGAAUGAAGAAGGAGAGAGAGAUACUAUUGAAAGAGAGAGAAGAAUGGAGGCAGAGGCUACAAGCUGCCAUGCAGCUACACACUAAACUUACAGAAAUAGUAAAAGAUGUUGAAAAAGUAAGUUCGGAAGUUGCUUCGAACUCUGAAAAGCCAACCUUACCUCUUACUGAUGACUUUAAAGAAACAAUGCGGAAUGUUAAAGAGAAGUUCACAGAGCUUCAGAAAUCUGCAGAAAUAUUAAAAGAAGAUGAAAGAUUGAAAAGGACAACAUCAUUCAGAAGAGCCAUUUCUGCUCAAGAUAUGUCGCAGAGUCAAGAUCCCAUGCAGAGGUGGAACAACCCUCAGCGAGUGACCAACUAUCCAGUAGCACCUCCGAGUAUGAUCAUUCGUCCUCCGCCCAGACAAAAAACACUACACAGAAAAUCAUUAUCUCUUGACCACACACUCAUGGGCACAACGCAUGAGCAAAGGCUUAAAAUAUGGGAAUCAGAAGGUGAAAGUGUGACUUCUACACCUGCUGGAAGCCUUUUAAGUCUGGGUGGUUAUGGUUAUGAAACAGAUUCUUCAUUGCCAGAUUCUGAAUACAGGUAUGGUGGCGUAACAUUAGAUAGAAGGAGAUAUAGAGCUCCAAGUAGUAUGAGUGGUAUGACGACAGAUAGUGAAGCACCUUAUUCAUCAAGAGAGGGGAGUGUGGAUCCUGGUGGCAGCUCAGAAAGUGUUCCUUUAGCAGCUCAACAGCAAAGAAAAACAUUUAAAGACAAACUAAAGCUACUGAGGAGAACAAAGAGUAUAGAUGUCGCUACAGGUCAGAAACUUGGUUCAACGGGAUCAACGCAAGACAAAAAAGAUAAACAGAUGAGCUUAAGGUCCAAAAUUUCCAAGGUCCUCCAAAAACCUUUAGGUCGAAGUCUGAGCCUAGAAUCUAAAAAGCCAGGUCCAGCAUUGCCACCCAAAGGUGUUGUUCCAGAUGUGGUUCCAAGUCGACCGACAGCUGAGAAACCACUGUCUGCGAGUCGUGGUGAAUUAAGCAGCCGGAAGCCAUCCUCUCAGGAAGAGAAGAGGCUGAAAAAGAAGACAGGAGUAGAAACUCCAGUUUGAAAUGAACCUUUAUAUUCCUAAAAAAAUCACAUUCAUUCAGACCUCAUUGUAAACAAUAAAAAUAAUCCUUUUUCUGC